AUGGUUUUUUCAUCAUCCGAGUGUAUCAUCUGGUUAACCGUAUUCACCACCGAGUUUGUUGCUAUAGUAACGGUGAAUCUCCUUGCCAUCAUUCUUUUUAUAAAGAACAGAAACCUUCGCACUCGCAGCAUGUACUUGGUUAUAAGCUUAACCGUGGCGGACAUGUUAGUUGGAGUCCUAUCCGUGGGUUAUGUUCAAUUUGAUUUCCUACAGGGAUGUCGCCUUAUAAAAUUGAAUUUGUCUCGGGAAGUUGAUUUUUCAUUGUCGCGUUUUUCUUUUUUCUUUCCUUUUGUCUCCCUAACAAACAUUGCUGUGAUUUCUUUAGAGCGAUUUCACGCCACGUUUCGUCCAUUUAGGCAUCGACUUAUCAAGAGUUGGGUCUACCUGGUGGCAAUUACUGCUGUCUGGGUUUUUCCUCUAAUUGUUUCAGUCAUUUGGUGGGUAGAGGUGCUUUCUUUGAUUGGAUAUCACCUUUACAUAAUAGGAUCCUACUGUCUUUUGUGUUUAAUUGUUACCUUUGUUUCUUACACGUCCAUUCUGUUUAAGUUUCGUUUUGGAGCUCAUCCUCAGCGCCAUUGUGCAUCUCUUUUAAGACAAAGAAAACUAACUGUCACAUUGUUUAUAACAACUUUAGUUUCUUUACUGUUGUGGCUGCCAUGCAAUAUUUAUAUUCUUGUUGCCUGGUCUUUGAAUUCCCUUUCUUUCAAAGAACUUUUUGAUUUGGAGUAUUCUUUGAGGUUUUUGUUUUAUGCAAACUCCCUUGUAAAUCCCAUUUUAUACACAAUCAGGAUGCCAGACUUUAAAAAAGCUCUGCUCUCAUUGUUCAGACGUCAUCAAAGAGAAAAUGUUGCUAUCCCGCUAAAUCAUUACUAA